CCCCAGUUUAAGCGAAAACAAAAUUUUGUGCGCCUAUACAUAUACCAAGAAUCUACUCUCUCCUUCACACGCGCGCGGGCAGACCAAAAUCCUCGCUCUGUGGCUACAAACCCCCUCCAAGAUUUCCUUUGUUAACUUCACUAUCCCUCUCAGUCCCAGCCAUAAUCUCCAAAAAUCCUCAUACCCUCUCUUCUCUUUGUCUCUAUUUCUUACUUCAUAUAUGACUUGUUCUCUUCUGUGUAUUAUUAUUAUUUUCCAGGCGUUUUAGACAAACCCAAUUUGCUCUAACACAACAAUAAUUGACCACCAUGGUUUGAUCACCAUUUCAAUUUCAUCAGUACCUCUCUGCAACUCAAAGUUCAACCAUGCAUAGCCCUUCAAUAACAACAACCCAAGAACCCAGUCCUGUCUACGACCUUGUAUCCCAAUUGGGUCGCUUUGCCUUCAGUUCAAGGUUUCAGAACCAGGGCUCAGAUGGGCACUCUUCGUUUUUAUCUAAUUUCUUGUACUUUGAUGGCUUUGGGGGUUCAGUUUCCGGGAAAAAGCCCAAGGUUGGUGCUUCAGCUUCACUGAGUUUGACCAGUAGAGGCAGUUCAAGCAUUCGGAGAAUUGUGACCGAGUUUAAUAGAGCAAUUAGGUUCCAUUGUGACAAAUUCCCAAUUGGGUUUGCUUCAGUUCAGACUGGCUAUGGGGAUAACAAUGGAUCGGAUAAUGGUGUUGGGGACAAUAACAAUGUCUUGAUAGAAGAAGGGGGUGGUGCUAACGAUCAUGGGAUAGCUUUGAAUGGUGUGGGGGCAGAGAGCCCCAAAAAGGUGCUGAUUUUGAUGAGCGACACCGGUGGCGGUCACCGAGCUUCUGCAGAAGCUAUCAAGGCAGCGUUUAAUGAGGAAUUUGGGGAUGAAUAUCAGGUGUUUGUUACUGACUUAUGGUCGGAUCAUACGCCUUGGCCAUUUAAUCAACUUCCCAGGAGCUAUAAUUUCUUGGUGAAACAUGGGCCAUUAUGGAAGAUGACAUAUUAUGGGACUGCUCCACGUCUGGUGCAUCAAUCUAAUUUUGCGGCAACUUCUACAUUUAUAGCUCGGGAGGUUGCCAAAGGAUUGAUGAAAUACCAGCCGGAUAUUAUUAUCAGCGUGCACCCACUGAUGCAACAUGUACCACUUCGUGUCUUAAGGGGAAGGGGUCUAUUGAAGAAAAUAGUUUUUACCACAGUCGUCACAGAUUUAAGCACUUGCCAUCCUACAUGGUUUCAUAAGCUUGUAACAAGAUGUUAUUGUCCUACAACUGAAGUUGCAAAGAGGGCAUUGAAAGCUGGACUCCAGCCUUCCCAAAUCAAGGUUUAUGGCCUCCCCGUACGCCCUUCCUUUGUCAAGCCUGUGCGACCGAAGGCUGAACUCCGGAGAGAAUUAGGAAUGGAGGAGGAUCUUCCUGCUGUGUUGCUGAUGGGGGGAGGAGAAGGAAUGGGUCCUAUUGAGGCUACAGCUCGGGCACUUGGGGAUGCAUUAUAUGAAGGCCUGAUUCUGUGUUCAAGAUUGUUCAUGAUCUUCACGAGCUGGUUCGACAACGAAGCCUUGUACCCCAAUUAUCAUGUACAACUUAACCCUUUUUCCCCCAGCCAAUUUUGUUUACUAGUCCUCUAAUUCGGCAAAAUGCACGCUUUUCUGCCCCCCUCAUUUCAUUGCCUUGUUAUAAUUGUGUUUCAAAUAUAAUAAAUAAUAAUAAAAGUUGUCUA